AUGCCGGACGCUGUCCCGAGGGCGGCGCCUUGGAUGCUGACGCCGGGCACAAACGUGCCGGCAGCUGUGCUAGCCGUGUGGGUCCCGUGCCCUUCUAUGUCCACCGGCGAGGCCGAGGAAUUGCCCCCCUGGAACGCCCGCACGCCUAUGAGUUUGUUGUUGCACCCCUUUGACUUCAACUUGUCGCACCGCCCCUUCCAGCUGGCACGCGGGGGAGGCAUGCCGGCAUCACCGAACGAGGGGUGGCCCGGGGUUAUCCCUGUGUCAAUGACCCCAACAAUGACUCCAUUGCCGAGCCCCGUCCGCGGCCAAGCUCCGGUGUUCUGGUUCAGCCCGAGGAAUCCUGGGGAACGGGUCGUCAGCGGCUGGUAUGCAAUGACUGGGAGGAUCGAGAUAAAGCCUUCAGUGUCCUUGAUGACUUCCACUUGCUCGGGUUCUUGCCGAGAAGCCACUGAUGGCGUGCUUGUACGAGUAGAUCAGCGAGUGUUUGUCUCCCGGGGGAAGAAACGACGUGUGGUAGCUCGUAAUCAUGUCCUCGGUUUUGGCAAUGCCGUUUCAUCGAGCGAUGAUGCGGCCGUGAGGAGGAGGAGAGAGAAGAGGGUUAUGGGUAUGAGUGUACUGUGGAAGAAAUUAAGGGGAGGAGCCAUGACGUACAGACUGACUUACAGAUUUGUGUGUGAAGAACCUUCAAGUUGUGAAGAACAGAAUUGGAUGGAAAGGCAAUAA